CAACCAUAUUUGUUAGUCAUUCGAAACACUCUUGAUUACGUAGAUUAUGAUAAGUGAUAAAAUUAAUUUUAAAUAUCAUCAAUUGUUAAAUUCAUUUACAGUUUAUAAUUAUAUAACAAUAAAAAUAAUAUUUUUUGCAAAUACGCCACAUUGUGUAUUAAAAUUAACAAAACUUAACAAUUAACCUUUCGACUUCAAGAAUUAAAAAAGUAAGGUUAGUCUAUAUAUAUAUUUAUCUUGAUAUAAUUUAUUCAAGCGAAUAAAAUAUAAAAAAUAUAUAAAAUAUAAAAAAUUUAUUGAAAAAUAAAAAGUUUAAAUAAAUUAGAGCAUAUAAUAUAUAAAAAAACACGAAUAUAUAUUUUAAAAGGAAUUUAAAGAAUUUUAAAAUAAGUAUAUAUUUAUGAUACGAUAUGAUAUAAAAAAUUCUAAUUAUAUAGUAGAAAUAUAUAUGUAUUGUCGGAUCAAAAUAGAUAGUAAAUUUCUAAUUUAUUUAAUGUAUAAUUUUAUAAUUAUCUCUUUCUGUACAUCAUUAAAAAAGUAGAAAUAAAAUAAGUUAUAACUAAAUGUAAGUUAAAAUCACAAUAAUAAUAACAAUGAUAAUAUAAUUAAUAAAAGUAUUGAUAUUAUAAUGAUAUAAAAAUGGACAAAAUGUGUAAAUGGACAAAAAAUAUAAGCUUGCAAAAAAUCAUAAGAAUACAUUAAUCAUAUAUAUGUAUAUAUUGUAUUAUAUAUUUUAAUUUUAUAUUAACUAAAGUGUAUACGUAGAUUUUACGCGAAAUUGUAACGUGUAAAGUAUUUUUUAAAUAUUUAAUACUUUUUUUGUAUGUUACAUAGUAUUUUGUGUAUUGAAUUCAUUUAUAUUAGCAAAAUUAAUAUAAUUAAUAUAAUUUAUAAUAGUUUUAUAAUAGAAAUAUGAAAUUGAAAAAUCAAUAAAUAUAAUAAAUAAGAAAUAGUUUUAAAAAAAAUAUUAUUUUUUAAUUAAAUAUUAUAAUUAAAAAUUAAUAUAAAAUUUGAAAAGAUUGGAAAUUUAAUAUUUGGUUAAUAUAUAUGGAAAAAAUAUAUUAAAUAUUUUUGUAUGGUUAUACAUAUUUUCAAUAUUAAUGAUUGUGAGAAAACAUUGAAAUUGAAAAAAAAAGAUAAUUGUAUUCAUGAUAAAAUAUACUUCUCUUGAUUUAUACGUUUAUUACGUUACCAUGUGAAUAUCGAUUCAGAACAUAUUCCAUCAAAUGACCGAGUUUUACUGAAGAUUCUCGAAAAGAAUUGUACAUCAAGUGUUCCAACAAGUUGACUUUAUUGUAUAAUUAUUUUACAUAGUUAUAAAUUGAGUGAAAAAUAAAAUUAACAUUAAAAUAAUAAACUUGAAAGAUUUUUCAUUUAAAUAAUCGGAAAAGACGUUAAAUUAUGAAGAAACAAGAUAAAAGAAAAAUAAAAGUAAUUGAAACAAUAGAUGACAUCAUCUUUAUUAUUGAUAACAAUAAAGAAAGUAACAAAAUCAUCAAUAGUAACAAACAAGAACAAAAAAAGAUCUUUUUUGUGUAAUACAAAUUGAAGAAAUCAAAACUACGAACAAUAUCAAAAUGAUGUUUGAAACAAAGUAAUAUUCAUGACACUGGAACACAGAAAAUUUAGACGCGUGCACGGACUUCAAUUUCCGUUGCACCCUCAACAAGUAAUUGGGUGGAUUGUGAUCUUAAUUAUCGUGGUAAAUACGUUUGCAAUAUUAACGCCACUUCUCAAACCAAAUUUACGAUCAGUUUUCUCAAUCGUUAUUGCUAUAAUCUUUUUUAUACACAUUUGUUCUCAUUUGGCAGUGAUUUUAUUAGAUCCGGCAGAUCCUCGCGUCAGAUCUCAGCCAACAAAUAAAAUUGUACCAGAAUUCGAUCGAAAUAAACACUCACAUGUAAUUGAAAACGGUAGAUGCCAUCUUUGUAAUAUAACUAUUGAAAGUAAAAGAACGAAGCAUUGUUCUAUUUGUAACAAAUGCAUUAUUCGAUUCGAUCAUCAUUGCAAAUGGCUCAAUAAUUGCAUUGGAGCUAGAAACUAUUGCGCUUUUCUAAUCUGUUUAAUUUCUGCAAUUCUAGCAAGUUUGUUUGUUACCGGUCUCUCCGUGACAGAAUUGUCAUUGCUGUUGUUCUUUGAUCGAAUAAUAGAUCAACCUGCUACUAAUAUAACUACGAAAAACGCGACUGAUUCUGUAGUUUUAUUUAUCGUUCCUAUUUCGGAUACUACUAUAAUAAUCGCAAUCUCCGCGAUUGGAAUUCUUUCGGCAAUUGUAGCAAUACUUUUACUUCAUUUGUGCUUUUUUCAUGGUUAUAUUGCUUGCCUUGGAUUAACUACAUACGAAUAUAUACGAAACAAAAGAGAAAAGAAGUCUGUUGCUACUACAAUUGCUACAACUGAUACUACCGCCGCAGCUACUACCACAACUUCCAUCACAACAAAAAUCACUUCUAUUGAAAUAAUCACUACCACAGUUACUGGUAAUAGUUCAUCAAUGCCAGUUCAGCAAAUAGAAUCAAGAAUACAACAUGGUUUUUGUGAGUUUAUGUCAUCAGUUUCAGCAAAAAUAUCUGACCGACUUAUAAAUACUACUACACAAGAGAUGAAUAUUUGGAAAAAUGUAUUGGGUUCUCCACAAUACAUAGUUGCACCGAUGGUUGAUGCGAGCGAAUUAGCUUGGAGAUUAUUGAGUCGUCGUCAUGGUGCACAUCUUUGUUACACACCAAUGCUUCAUUCUUCGGUUUUUUGUCGAGAUCCAAAAUAUCGACGAGAAGCUCUUGCCAGUACUGCUGAAGAUCGGCCAUUGGUCGUCCAGUUCUGUGGUAAUGAUCCCAGUACAUUAUUAGAGGCAGCACUUUUAGCAGAACCAUAUUGUGAUGCAGUCGAUAUAAAUAUUGGUUGUCCUCAAGCAAUUGCUAAACGGGGUCAUUAUGGUGCUUUCCUUCAAGAUGAUUGGGAUUUACUUCAACAAAUCGUUAGUACUUUGAGUAAAAAACUUCAUGUACCAGUGACUUGCAAACUUCGAGUAUUUGCAGAAAUUGAUAAAACUGUGAAAUAUGCAAAAAUGCUUGAAGCUGCUGGUGCACAAUUACUUACUGUACAUGGACGAACUCGAGAACAGAAAGGUCCAUUGACUGGUGUUGCAUCUUGGGAUCAUAUUAAAGCUGUAAGACAAGCUGUCACAAUUCCAGUAUUUGCAAAUGGUAAUAUACAAUGUCUACAAGAUGUUCAAAAAUGUAUAGAAGAAACUGGUGUUAAUGGUGUAAUGUCAGCAGAAGGCAAUCUUUAUAAUCCAUAUAUAUUUGAAGCUUGUUAUCCACCUAGUUGGGAGCCAGCACUUGAAUAUUUAGAUUUGGUAGAAUGUUAUCCAGCCCCUGCUUCUUAUAUCCGUGGUCAUCUCUUUAAAUUAUUUCAACACACACUUUGUUUAGCAGAAAAUAAAGAAGAAAGAGAAAAUUUGGCUCGAAACUCUACUAUGGAAUCUUUCCGAAAUGUCGUUUACACUUUGAGAGAUCGAUAUCUACCUUAUCACGAAGGACGUUUAAUAUGGCAUGAAGAAACAUCUGAUUAUAACUUAAAAUUACCUCCUUGGUUGUGCCAACCAUAUGUACGUCAUCUUCCAGAAGAGAAAAUACAAAAACUAGAAAUCGAAAAAAUCGAAAAGCAAAAUGAAUCAGCUAAGAGAAAAUUCAAAGACGAAGAAGGAAAUGAAAUAUCACGAAAACAUUUAAAAAAACUUAAACGUAUAGCGCGCCGACCAAACAAAUCAACUGUUGUAAUAAAAAGAGGAUCCAAUUUAUGUCGCAAUUGCCCAAAUCCAGUGAGUCUCAAAUGCGUUCAUAAAUCAUGUCGGCAGUGCUGUAGAAACAAAUGUUUUACAGAAAAUUUGGAUUGUACUGGACACAGAAAUUUAACUAAAACUAGAAGACAAAUGGCAAUAGACUUUGCUGCAAAACGAAGAACUAUUGAAGAUACGAUAUGACAUUGUAUGAUAUUUUAGAUUAUAUAAAUAAAAAUUAAAUAAAUAUAUGGGCACAUAUUAUAAAAUAUA